GUAAACCAACUAUAUAACGAAGAUUAAUUUAAGAAAAUGAGAUGUGAUUAUAUAUAAUUGAAUAGGUUAAUUAUUUCAUCGCAGAUCGUUUUGGAGUUGCGUACCUAGAAUAUUUAUGAGAGGGCGGUUCUAUUUCCCGCUCAUGCUUGAUUGACAGGUGCCCCGAGGCUAAGCGGAGCUCACGCAGUCAGGCGGUCUACCUUGGAGAACAUGGAAACAAACCACCCGGCGGAUUCAUAGACAUUUCAACAUAUCUAUUAAUGAUGGACCAUGUUUCGACACGCUGUGGAGUCAGCCGAUCGCGUUUAACAUUGUUGUUGCGGUUGUUCUCCAGUUUCAGCCACCAAAAUUAAAAACCCAGGUGCAUAAACGGGUUUCUCUCUUCCAGUUAGGAUGAAAGAUCGAGACACUUUACUCUCCUCUUCCAGGUAAAUUAGCUUGUGCCUCGGGUGGGUCAAUACAAAUCCCUGUUUGACUGUCUGGGACAUCGAGUGACUCCUCCUGUCCCUGGUCGCCAUCCGAGUCCACGCCUGGGAUUUGCAGUUGUGGGACUCGCUUCAUGGAGAGAGCAGCGAUAUCGUUUCAACUUUUGGACUACAGAAUAGCCUACUGAAAUUAACUAAAGGCCAUAUUUCCACGGCAUAUCUGGAAUAUAUCUGUCUUCACUCGUGGAAAAGAAAACCAUGAAAGAGAACAGGGUUCGCUCGCCACAACUUCGAAGCCUGAACUCAACUAUCAUCUGUCCUCCCAGCGGCAGCAGCGCCAGAGAGAGAGUUCACAGUGUGGACCCGUAUGGCUGUGACUCUGUUUCAGUGUGGACCCGUAUGGCUGUGACUCUGUUUCAGUGUGGACCCGUAUGGCUGUGACUCUGUUUCAGUGUGGACCCGUAUGGCUGUGACUCUGUUUCAGUGUGGACCCGUAUGGCUGUGACUCUGUUUCAGUGUGGACCCGUAUGGCUGUGACUCUGUUUCAGUGUGGACCCGUAUGGCUGUGACUCUGUUUCAGUGUGGACCCGUAUGGCUGUGACUCUGUUUCAGUGUGGACCCGUAUGGCUGUGACUCUGUUUCAGUGUGGACCCGUAUGGCUGUGACUCUGUUUCAGUGUGGACCCGUAUGGCUGUGACUCUGUUUCAGUGUGGACCCGUAUGGCUGUGACUCUGUUUCAGUGUGGACCCGUAUGGCUUUGAGCGGUUGGAGGACUUUGACUAUGAGUCGUAUGAGGAGUUGAUGUCAGAGUACCUGGCCGUGCUCACCAGGAGGUCCAUCAGAUGGUCCAAGCUGUUGCAGGGCCGGGGACGGCUGGAGAAGAGCAUCAAGAUGAAGCGGUAUGUGCGUAAGGGCGUGCCCAACGAGCACCGAGGGUUGAUCUGGAUGUCAGCCAGCGGGGCCCAGGAGCACCUGGAGAGGAACCCAGGCUACUAUCACUCUCUACUGGACACUACGAAGCAACAGCAUGACCCCAAGCUGGUAGACUCCAUACGCACAGACCUGAACAGAACCUUUCCUGACAACGUCCAGUUCCGCAAGACGUCCAACCCAUGUCUCCAGAAAACCCUGUACAACGUGCUGCUAGCGUACGGACACCACAACCCAGCCGUGGGCUACUGUCAAGGCAUGAACUUCAUCGCUGGGUACCUCAUCAUCAUCACUAAAGAUGAGGAGAAAUCAUUCUGGCUGAUGGACACUCUACUGAGCAGGAUACUACCAGACUACUACACCCCGGCCAUGCUGGGGCUGAAGAUGGACCAGGAGGUUUUAGGGGAGCUUGUGAGGACCAAAGCCCCAGUUGUGUGGCAGGCCAUGGGGCAACACAACGUCAUGUGGACCCUGGUGGUCUCCAGGUGGUUCAUCUGUCUCUACAUAGACGUCCUGCCUGUAGAGACGGUUCUGCGUAUCUGGGACUGUCUGUUCUACGAGGGUUCUAAGAUACUGUUCCGUGUGGCUCUGACGUUGAUAAGGAACCAGCAGGCUGAGGUCCAACAGGCCGGUUCCCUGCCUGACGUCUGUGACAGCUUCAAACACAUGACCAGAGGGCCUUUUGUAGAGGACUGCCACACCUUCAUGCAGAAAAUCUUCACGGAACCCGGAAGCCUCUCCAUGGCAACCAUCACCAAGCUCCGGGAGACGUGUCGAGCGCGCAUCAUCGCUGAGGAGUCCUGACCCCAUCCUCCUGACCUGUCAAUCAAACACACUGCACAUUCCGGGCUGGGUCCCAACACUCCUUAAUGGUCUCCUCUCCUCGGAUCCUAUCCCUCACUGUUGGGACAGUGCCCUAGACUGUUGUGUACUCUUUAGCAUAACUACCGCGUAGCUAUGUAGACUACCGCGUAGCUAUGUAGACUACCGCGUAGCUAUGUAGACUACCGCGUAGCUAUGUAGACUACUAGGGGUGAAAAUAAGGUGUUAGGAGUACCGGCAAAUGAAUUAGUAACUAUGCUGUGGGGGUACGCCGUACCGGUUAAACAUGAGCCUAUCACAGUAAUUAACAACAAAGAUGCCCAUGAAACCUUUUGGCUAUUACACUAUUAUCAUUACUGUAUGAAAGUCACAUGAAAUAAAAAUAUUUAGCGAAUGGACAUGAAAACAUGGAAUACGCUCAGAUGCGAUGUGGUUUGGCAGUAAGUGACAUUUAGCGAUCAGCAGUGGACACAUCAGGUGAGUUUACCAGACUGACGUAGACCUAAUGAGUGACAUCGCUGGAUAUCAUUCAUCAAAUGGGGGCUGCACAGUGCACUGUAGAGAUGCACGAAGUCUAGAGUUUUAAUCCAGCAUUGGGGGAAACCAGCCCUGAAUGUAUACAUGUAGCUAGAUAGUUAAUGUAGACCUGAAUGUAUACAUGUAGCGAGAGUUAAUGUAGACCUGAAUGUAUACAUGUAGCUAGAUAGUUAAUGUAGACCUGAAUGUAUACAUGUAGCGAGAUAGUUAAUGUAGACCUGAAUGUAUGAGUGUAAUGUCUUAACUCACACCCUGCUAACUGAGGAUUCCAUUAUACACCCUAUUCCCUACAUAGUAUGUUGCUGACUGAAGCUCAUCUUAACAUUUAUUUAAGAACAAGAUUUGGAUUCUAUGACUUUGCACUCUUCUCCUGAGUGAUGAGAUCACUGAUGAUGGGAAGUAGACUAGAAGCAUAUGGUAUGUUGUCGUACAUGAAUGAUAGUGUCUGUUGUAGUUCACUAUAAACUAGCCUGAUUCUUUGUACACCAGACACUAUUAAAUAAACUACUGACUCAUUCCUCCUUCAA